ACCCCUGAACUCACGCCACCUCCCACGCCCUUUGCGAUUUUAUCAGUCCACCAUGAGGGCCACGAUUCUCAACCUCUUGACCACCUUCGCCUUCCUGGGGCUUGGUGAGUCGACACCGCUAGCUGCCCUGGACAAGAGGUACACUCUCGACUCCAAUGGCGUCAAGUACAAGGUGUUUGAGCAUGCCGCCACAGGAGCCACAACCAAGAUUGUGUCCAAUUCUGGCAUUUGCGAGACGACCCCUGGAGUGAAUCAGCACUCGGGCUACUUCUCAGUUGGCACGAAUAUGAACAUGUUCUUCUGGUUCUUUGAGGCCCGACAAAAUGCCAGCAAAGCCCCUCUUGCUCUAUGGUUAAACGGCGGUCCCGGAUGUAGCUCCAUGAUCGGCCUUUUCCAAGAGAAUGGACCUUGCACUUUCAAUGGCGGAGGUUCCGAGCCGACUUUAAACCCUUACUCAUGGAAUACAUUUGCAAACAUGCUCUAUGUUGAUCAGCCGAUUGGUACCGGUUUCAGCUACGGCACAGAUGAUGCCACUUCGACUCUUGCUGCUGCCCCAAGGGUCUGGAAGCUCUUGCAAGCCUUCUACGCCCAGUUCCCUGAGUAUGAGGGCCGUGACUUCGGCAUCUUCACCGAGUCCUAUGGAGGCCACUACGGCCCAGAGUUCGCCUUCUUCUUCGAGCAGCAGAAUGCUGCCAUUGACGCCGGGACGAUCGCGGGCGAGAAGAUCAACCUUGUUGCCCUUGGUGUAAACAACGGCUGGAUCGAUCCUGCCAACCAAUACAAGGACUACAUCGACUACGCCGCCAACAACACGUACAAGAAGCUCAUCACCCCGAAGCAAUAUAGCACAUACGUCUCCACCUACCAGAAGAAGUGCGUACCAGCGUUUGCCAAGUGCACAGGAUUGACUGGUAAUGAUGCCGCCUGUGGCAACGCCGACGACGUGUGCAGCGCGGCCAUCGAGAGUCCCUUGGAGUCGCUCGCCAGCUUUGAUGUCUACGACAUCCGAGGCCCCAAGAAUGACCCUUUCCCUCCUGAAACAUACUUGACGUAUCUGCAAACGCCGGCUGUGAUGAAGGCCAUCGGCGCCCAGACAACUUAUGGAGAAUGCCCGGAUGCGCCCUACACCAAGUUCAUCUCCAGUGGUGAUCGCGGCCGAUCGUUCUUGCCAACCUUGUCGCAAGUCAUUGACUCAGGUAUCACCGUGUUGAUCUGGGCCGGCGAUGCUGAUUGGAUUUGCAACUGGAUGGGUAACUACCGAGCACUGAGCUCCAUCGCCAAGAAGCCUUUUCUCUCGGCGCCUCUCCUUCCCUACACGGUCAAUGGAAAGCAGUAUGGCGAAUACAAGACCUCUGGGAACCUGAGCUGGCUGAGGGUGUACGAGGCCGGUCACGAAGUGCCGGCGUAUCAGCCGGAAGCUGCGUUAGCUGCCUUCAUAUCGACCAUGUCACGGAAGCCUAUUUCAUCUUCAUAGAUCCGUGUCCAAAUACCGAGCUGUCAGUAAUUUGAGGCGAGAUUUUGACAACAACACCGUAAACGGACAAGGCUGCAUCUUCAUCUAAGAUAACUUGAUUCUUCGUAUGGUUUUCUGUUCGGAUCUGGUCGCGCACGAAGCCCAGACCUUGAUGAUCGCUGUGGAAGUUGAAUGCUGGUCACCAACUCGAGAGCGAUGGAUGGUAUCUGUUCAAUCGAGGACCAAAAUACAAGUCCAUGGCGUCCCUGUUGUCGGCGUGCGGGGAAAGAACGACGUGGUGUUCACCACCAGAUUAUGUAAUGGGUCCUGGUCCCUAUAAGUAGGCACCUAGGGACCUUGGUACAGUGGGGAGACAGAAAUACUGAUUUAACUUUCAAAGUACUAUUA